AUUAGCGCGCUGUCACGAUCGGGGCUCAGUGAUAGAAAUCUAGCCGCACGAGAACGGUCGAUUGCGAGCACCAGAUUCAGCGAGUGAAGCCUUCAAGGGGCGAGCUACGAGAUGUCUGUACCCAGUUUUCGUGAAUGUUGGAACGUUUGCGCCUCCAACAUCGCCAAGAGAACACAUAAUCCGAUUAGAUCGAUUGUGGAGAACAUCGUCGUCGAACCAAAUCCUAAUAAGCCGAUGAUUGCGUUGUCUAUUGGUGACCCUACAACUUUCGGCAAUCUGAAGCCACCGCAGGAAGUAAUCGAGGCUGUUCAAGAGAGCGUCGCUUCGCAAUUAUACAACGGAUAUGCGCCGAGCACAGGUCAUCAAAGGGCACGAGAAGCCGUGGCGGAAUACAGCUCGAACGAAUUUGUGAAGGUUGACGCCAAGGACGUAAUCCUGUGCAGUGGAUGUUCUUGCGCACUUGACCUGUGUAUCACGGUUUUAGCUCGAGAAGGUCAAAACAUACUAAUUCCACGCCCGGGUUUUUCGAUCUAUCGAACGCUAGCGGAGGGCCUUGGUAUUACGGUUAAGUCAUACGAUUUACGCCCGGAGUUCGGCUGGGAGAUCGAUCUGGACGACCUGGAGGCACAAAUCGACGAAUCGACGGCGGCGAUUGUUAUAAACAAUCCCUCGAAUCCGUGCGGCUCCGUGUUCAGCCGCGACCAUAUACUUGACAUUCUCGACAUCGCCGCUCGUUACUACGUACCCAUUAUAGCCGAUGAGAUUUACGAGCACAUGGUAUUUCCAGGACGGACUUUCCACUCGUUAGCGUCUCUAUCGACCGAAGUUCCUAUUUUGUCGUGCAGCGGACUGACUAAAAGGUUUCUGGUGCCAGGCUGGCGUAUGGGUUGGAUAAUAAUCCACGAUCGUCAGAAUGUCCUGGAGGCCGAGAUUCGCCAAGGUUUACAUUGCUUGAGUCAACGUAUAAUUGGCAGCAAUACUAUUAUUCAAGGUGCUCUGCCCGCGAUACUUCAAAAAACGCCACAAAACUUUUUCGACGAUGUCAUCUUCAUCUUACACUCGCACUCCAAACUGGCGUACAGCUGCAUAACAAAAAUUGCUGGCCUGAAGCCGAUAAUGCCGGAUGGAGCGAUGUAUAUGAUGGUCUACAUUGAUCUACCAUGUUUUCCGGAAUUUAAUUCCGAUUUGGAAUUCGUGCAGCGGCUGUUAAUGGAAGAAUCUGUGUUUUGCCUACCUGGUCAGUGCUUCGAUUAUCCUUCUUACAUGAGACUGGUAAUUACCGUGCCGAGCGACAUGCUUGAGGAAGCUUGUCAAAGGAUUCAAGAGUUCUGCGAGAGAUACUAUUAUAAAACGGCGGAGAUUCUGGAAAGGAACAAUUUCAUCAAAAUGGAGAUUUUGUAUUGAGAAACGAUAAAAAAAAGAAACAUCUUAAAUCGUUGUUUUUUCUCUUAGGUUAAAAAAGAAGAUUUUUGUGUUAAAAAAAAAGAUCGUUCUCACAAUCAGCGUUGAUUGCUACCUUUGUGUAUAUGUAUAUCUUUAUUU